GUGUGUGUGUGUAGUCUGUGUGUGUGUGUAGUCUGUGUGUGUGUGUGUGUCGGCGGCAGGAUGAGUGAGGGGGAGGGUCAGUUCUACAGUGUCCAGGUGGGAGACUCCACCUUCACUGUGCUGCAGCGCUAUCAGCAGCUCCGUGCCAUCGGCUCUGGGGCCCAGGGCAUUGUCUGCUCUGCGCUAGACACCAGCCUGGGUAUACCCGUGGCUGUGAAGAAGCUCUGCCGCCCCUUCCAGAACCAGACCCACGCCAAGAGAGCCUACCGGGAGCUGGUUCUGCUGAAAUGUGUCAACCACAAAAAUAUCAUUCGCCUGAUUAACGUGUUCACGCCUCAGAAGUCUCUGGAAGAGUUCCAGGAUCUGUACCUGGUGAUGGAGCUGAUGGAUGCCAGCCUGUGCCAGGUGAUCCACAUGGAGCUGGACCAUGAGAGGAUGUCCUACCUGCUCUACCAGAUCCUCUGUGGCAUCAGACACCUACACUCUGCUGGGAUCAUCCACAGGGACCUAAAGCCCAGUAACAUUGUGGUGAAGUCCGACUGCACUCUGAAGAUCCUGGACUUUGGCCUGGCCAGGACGGCCUGCACUAACUUCAUGAUGACGCCCUACGUGGUGACUCGCUACUACAGAGCCCCAGAGGUCAUCCUGGGCAUGAAGUACAAGGAGAACGUGGACAUCUGGUCAGUAGGUUGCAUCAUGGGCGAGAUGGUGAAGGGCAGAGUCAUCUUCCAGGGAACUGACCACAUUGACCAAUGGAACAAGGUGAUUGAGGUUCUGGGCACGCCCUCCAUGGAGUUCAUGGACCGUCUGAUGGAGACGGUGAGGAACUACGUGAUGAACAAGCCCCAGUACCCCGGCGUCAGCUUCUCUGAGAUCUUCCCUGACUGGGCCUUCCCCACCGACUCAGAACAUGACAAACUGAAGACGGGACAAGCCCAAGACCUGCUGUCAAAGAUGCUGGUCAUCGACCCCGAGCGACGCAUUUCUGUGGAGGAGGCCCUGAAUCACCCCUACAUCCAUGUGUGGUACGACCCGGCCGAGGCUGACGCGCCUCCUCCUCAGAUCUCUGACAGGCAGCUGGAGGAGAGGGAGCACAGCAUCGAGCAGUGGAAAGAGCUCAUCUAUGAGGAGUUGAUUGACUGGGAGGAGAGGAACAAGAAUGGAGUGAUCAAAGAAGAAUACUCAGAGGUGGUGAGUGGGACGGCCUCGCAGUCGUCAUCAGCCAAUGACAUCUCAUCCAUGUCGACGGAGUCUGUGACCCUGGCAUCCGACACGGACAGCAGCAGCAUCGACACGCUCUCCGGAGUCCUGGACGAGAGCCAAUGAGAAUGGCCCUGCGGUGUGUGUGUGUGUGUGCGUGCGAUUGUCUUUCUUCCCCCUCUUUCACGCGAAAUAUCUCAAUCAGACCCUUGAUUACUUUCUCUCUUUCUCCUCUGCCCUCCCCAACCUCCCGCCAUAGGUCUAUUUUUCUAUGUUGUUGGUGCUGAUGUGUGUGUGUGAGGUGGGCUUAGGGCUGUCUGGGUGGAGAUGCGCGGGCUCUGAAGGCUCUCAUGGGAGUCGGCAAGGGACGGGGCGUGUCCCGUACCCUCGCCUGCUUCUGACGCCGUAUCAUCCGAUGUUGUUGUGAGGUGGAGCUGCCGCUGUCAGGUCACGUGACUCCCUGUCAGGUCACGUGACUCCCUGUCAGGUCACGGGACUCCCUGUCAGGUCAUGUGACUCCCUGUCAGGUCACGUGACUCCCUGUCAGGUCACGUGACUCCCUGUCAGGUCACGGGACUCCCUGUCAGGUCACGUGACUCCCUGUCAGGUCACGUGACUCCCUCAGUGGCUAACGCAGAGGGCGCUGUAUAUCUAGUACGGCCGACAAACCAAUCAAAACACUGUUUACCUGACCAUCAAAACACUAAUCGAUAGUUUUAAAUGAUUUUAGUAACCUAGCUGUAUUGAGAGAAAAAAAAUAAAUCCAGAUAUGAGUGUUUUUAACGGCUUUGAGUGGUGUGGAUUUCAGCUUCUACUCCUGACCUACAGAGGGUGCUGUGGUUGCAGUGUUAUUUGAUUUACUUCCUGGUAAAUGUACUGUAAGAAUGUCACGCUCUGACACCUAGACUAUGUGUGUAGUAGGCCCUUUUAAUGCAAAUGCAUACAAGUACAUGUGUUUGGUAGGAACACAUUUUAAAUGUAGAAGCAUUUUAUCUUGCAAUGAUCAGCCCGUAUGGUACUGCCUGUAAAUGUUUAUCAAAAUAACCUUAUAGUCCUGUACAUUUGAGAGAAGAAAAGAAGAUCAAUGUAAUUUUAUUCAUUUUUUUGUUUUCUUGCAAAGUGUUGCACACAUUUGAUAACCAUGUAUGGCCCCCGUGACCACAGAACACAGACCUCCUCCGGACUAUUCCAUUAGUUCUAGAACUCCUUGGAACAAUUAUAAGGUGAGGCAUGUUAGAAUGUUAACACAUUUAACACAGUCAGAUAGAAGUAGUAUUGUUAAAGCUGCAUGGAGGUCUACCAGAUCCUCUUCAUACUGUUGGAGAGAUGUUCCCCCUUCCAG